CUCAAAUGACGAGCACUUGACCCUCCUGGGAUGUUCCCCACCCUACCAAAAAGAAAAAAAUUGAGGAAAAAAAAAGACAUCUGCUGACAAGCUCAUCUUCUUCCGACACGUGUACAUAUUACUUCAAAAAAUAUUGUGUAAUUGUGGACGCGAUUUCUACUUUUCUGUCAUGCGUGACUGCGCCCAGGCAAAAAUAAUAAUUUGUACCUCAGAAGCUUUUGUUCAACUCCUCCUAACUUGGACCCAUUCGCCAUGGAAGGACACCAAGUGGUAGGCGCACUAGGUGAAGAAGACGGAGAAGAGAGCACAAUACUUGGUAAUCUCCAACAUCAGGGCAUGGUCCAGGAUUCAAGCGACAGCUUUGGACUAUUCAGCCCAUCACAACCAACACAGACAGGAAUCUCGCAGCAAUUUCGGACAAGUACUCCAUGGCAGACUCAGACCAGCGCCUCAUGGCAGACACGAUCAAGUUCUCCAUGGCAAACGCAGACCAAUACACUAUCAACGCCAUCGCGAGCCCAUGAACGCUUUCAAGGAGGAUCAGGCUUUGGUAGUGAUGGCGUCAGCAUUAGUUCUUCGCCCUUGUCACGAAUCCGAGGCAGUGAACAUUUGUCAUCGUCACCAUCAAUGACUCAGAGCGACAUUCUCAAUGUAGAAAAGAGUCGCGUUUUGGAGCAGCUCCGUCAUAUGACAGCAGAAGUAGACCAACUCGAGAGUAGGCUUCAAGCCGCUAAACGUAGACGAGCCAGAGCAGCAGCAGCAGCCCUUCAGAAACAAAAGGAUGGACAGGAUUCUGAGAUCAAGGAAAUGAGGAAUAUUCUUGGAAGCGUUCAUCAAAUAAGUAUAUCAAAGAAAUCAGAUGGCACUAAAGCAGAUGGACAGCCGAUCAAUACACCUCUUUCUGGUCAGACGAUUUCAGGGAUCAACAUUGAGACGAUUCGAAAGCUACAGAAUUUCACCAACAUUGCAUUCACGUCUAUCUACAACCGAAAGAUUUCGGAAUCAAAUGAAGGCCUGAAAGAUUAUCGAUACUACAUCGCUGGAGUGUGUUUACAACUAGAGUUCGAAAUCGAUUUUACAGUUCAUGAACCAAAUCUCAAUGUCACCGACUUGUCGAUUAAGCUACCGCAUAGCAUACAAACGGAACUGAGACAAUUUGUCUUGAGAGCGCAAAGCGAAUCCCUAUUACUCCCUUUCUUUAGAACCCUUAUCCUUUAUGCGCAAAUGGACUAUGACCGACAAACAUUGAUGAACAACCUUGCUAGGCGCUUCCCUAACCUUGUCAAGAUUAAUCAGACUAUUAGUAGGCUCUCUAAGAACCUACGGUCUAAAUCCACUACCUCAGAUGAACCGAUUACUCAUGUAUCUCCUGCAGGCUCUGGUGUACAAACUUUAGUGUUCAGUGGACCAAGGAAAUCAUCUCCAGAGCUUGUUCUUCACUGGGCAAUCGAUGUGACAGACCAAGGCAAGGUUAUACCACGCGUACGACUUCUUCCGAGGAUGCCAAAGAAAUGGAAACAAGUGGAUGAAAAAGGGACAUUGGAUGCGAUUCCUAUGCAAUUUGUUCGGCUAAUGCAGCUGAAAGGGACUGAAGGGGCAGUUGCUAUCCUGCUGCAGUGUAUCUAUGGGCCGCAGAAUGCCAAGGCCACAGAGGAAGACGAGGAAGACGAAGAAGAAGAGGGAGUAGAGGAAGAAUCCAAAGAUUCAUCAUGAAGAGUGAAGAGUGAAGAGUGGAGGGUAAAGGGUGAGACAUGCACAACAACAAUACUUUGCAUAUCAUGCGAUUGUACGUUCUGUGGACAUUUUGCCAAUUUCUGUGUGACCCAAGUCGUGUGCAUGCCCAUGCAGGAUAGGAAUCUGUGACUCCUCAUUUGAAGACUACUUUGGGCUUUGCUUCUAGCGCGAGUUGUAUGAGUGUUCUUUGGGAAGGGUUUCAGAGCGUCCCUUGCUGAUAAUGCAACCUUAAUGGUAUGGAAACCAAAAGGGUUUUGCUCAUGUGUCCACUGCGCUGCUCCUGGAAAGUCUCUUUUUUCCUCUUUCUCUAUCACGCAAGACAUGUGUAAAACAAUCAUCAUAGUAGAGCAUGUUACUUAACGUGGCAACCAUUUGCAUGAAUAAAUA